CGGGUUGGUUUUACCUAAGGAUCCACAAAGAGUGGCUCACACUGCUACUUAUACAACGGUCGCCGCACCCCCAUUCAAAUUACAUGAAAUCUCUUUUCUUUCCUCCCCCUCCCAUUCAAACGACAUGGAGGGAGAUUCUCAACACGCUGAGACAUCAGCAGCAGGUGCCAAACGCCAACGAUUGAGCUCAGAAGCUAGAAAGCUCCUAAAAGAUUUUGCCGAGCAUGUUUCGAUGCACCCGGAUUCACACCAAAGACAACAUUUGCUUGAGCAGGUGCGACGCUUGCACGGAUGUGGUCAGACCGAAGCCAAACAUAUAAACACGUGGUUCACGCGCUACCGCGCCUCUGUAAGGAAGAAAUCAAUGCAAGACGAUGAUAAUAUCCUGUUCACGAAUUUCACAUCGGAGCAACUCGAUAUACUCCGGCCGUUGCUGCGAAACAAUCCGUUCCCCAAGAAAGAAAUGAUUGACAUCUGGUCCGUAUGUAUCAAGGCAGAACCCGAGCAAGUCGGCAAGUGGGUCUUAUACCAUCAAGCAAAGACAGCGCCACUGCGAGGGACAUCGGAACAGUCUAUGAGUGUAUCACCCACCGCACCACUUCCUCAUCUUCCCACACCUGCAAGGUCGCUAUCACCUGCUCAUGCUCGCGGCAUAUCAUUGCCAUUGAUUGCAACAAAAGAGGAGCCUUCCCCAGCAAGUCCUCUCUGGCCAACUCACACAGCACCUGUGUCCCACACAAGCUUGCCACAACAUGCGACGGUGGGUCCAGACGUGCUUGAUGAACUGAAUCCGCCGUUUGUGCGAAAGCCUUCCUUUGAUGGACCUAGACCUCUGCGUCAUGUUCCUGUGACGAUACCAUCUCCAGCAAAGCAAUUGGCAAAAGACAUACAUCAUAGCAUCACAUCACAUCGUCCAGGCUCAACACGCAAACCCAGUACACGUGCGGAGUUCGAUGCCAUGUUCAAGCCGUACGAAAAGAUGAUGACUCAGUUCAUUCACAAUGUUGAGAGUGGGAAGUUGCAACAUCUGGGUUGGGAGCCUAGUCGCAAAGCAACAUGAGUGUAUCACCUUUGAUUGAAUCUAUUGGAAUCCAUUGUAUCGUUAUUUCUGCAGUCAUUACAUUUCUCGUGUAACCAUUUCGCUGUCUGUCAUCAUGUCAAUAUGACAUACUUAGUAGCAUAUGGAUCUGUUCGGUAGAUACAAGUUCAGCAUAUCAGUAUAUCGUAUUGUUAGUGUAAUAAUGAAGUACUGGUGGUGAUGUGGUCUCGCUCUCGCUCAAGGCCGCCCUGAUGAUGCGU